AAGAUUCCGCAGAAUAUUAUGAUACCAUGGCUCUUGACAGCCUGUAUAUAUCCUUGUGUUAUAGGUCCCGACUUCUGGGGAUUAUUACACGGUGACUGGAGAAUGUGUACAGCUGGUCAAAUGCAAUCACCAGUAAACAUUGAUCCUUCCCAACUUUUAUAUGAUCCACAUCUAAUGCCUAUAAACAUUGAGGGAAAUAUUGUGGAAGCAGUUUUCGAAAAUACCGGACAACUUCCUGUGGUCACAGUUAAAGAUCUACCAAAUCGGCCAACAAUCAAUAUAACAGGAGGACCAACAAUGCCUUAUCGUUAUAAACUCCAUCAGAUAAGCGUACACUUUGGAAGAGCAGAUGAAGGAGAGAAAGGAUCAGAGCAUACUGUAGACAGAGUUCGAUUUCCGGCGGAAAUUCAGCUACUAGCAUAUAAUAGUGCACUUUAUCCAAAUUUCAGUGUUGCAAUGACAUCACCAAGAGGGCUUCUUGCAGUUUCUGUAAUUGUUGAUAUUGGAAAGACUACAUCUGUGGAGUUACGAAGAUUAACGGUUGCGUCACAGAGCAUUAACUAUAAAGGCCAGACUACAAAUCUCACUGAUUUUCAACCAUCUGCACUUUUACCAAAAACCUCUCACUAUGUGACAUACGAAGGAUCUUUAACUUUUCCCGGAUGUCAUGAAACUGUCACUUGGGUUAUUUUAAAUAAUCCAAUUUAUAUAACCAAUGAUGAUCUUCAAAUUUGGAAUGAAAUGCAAAAAACAGAAACAAAACAACCAGAACCAUCAUAUAUGACUCCUGCAUAUCGUCCAUUGAAAUCGUUAAAUGGCCGUCUCGUUAGAACAAAUAUAAAUGUUGGAUCAAAACAGUCUACUGUAUCUUCAAGUUGUCCAUCGAAUGUUUACGUGGAAAUGGGGUACCAAGCGAAUCCUGGUAGAAAUAAGCGGAAUGAUUCGGUUUCUCGAAGAUAUGUUCCAACAUCGGAAGUUUUCGAAAUCGAUAGCAUUCGUCCUGAUGAUGUUUCCAAAGCCGGUUCAUUUUAGUAAAUUACUGUACAUUCUCUACUCUUCUUUCACUUUGAAAAACUUCGCGUUCUUGCUCAUUCUUUCUCCGAAAGAUUUAACUAUUGAUCUGUGUAUUUCUGUAUUUAAUGACACUUUGGAACUAUAAAAUACGGGUUCGAUUUUAAAUGAAGUGUUUGACUCUCUU